UUCAUUAGAACUUGCAAUUAACUAAAGAGAGCUACAUAUAUAGAGAUGGCGGGUGCAUGGUUGUGCGUGGCGGCGACAAUGGUUGUGUUGCUAGCUUUUGCUCUUUCGACAACAGUAGAAUGCCGUACUCGUAAUUACAAGUUCAAUGUGGUGAUGACGAAUACCACAAAAUUAUGUAAAAGCAAGCCAAUAGUAACCGUUAAUGGUCGUUUCCCGGGACCCACAAUAGUUGCCAGGGAGGAUGACACCGUCACGGUCAAAGUGGUCAACCAUGUUAAAUAUAAUGUCAGCAUUCAUUGGCAUGGAAUACGACAACUAAGAACCGGGUGGGCUGAUGGUCCAGCAUACAUUACGCAAUGUCCGAUUCAGCCAGGGGGAGUCUACGUGUACAAGUUCACAUUAACGGGUCAAAGAGGCACACUUUGGUGGCAUGCACACGUCUUAUGGCUAAGGGCCACGGUCCAUGGCUCCAUAGUUAUCUUGCCUAAGCUUGGAGUCCCGUAUCCUUUUCCUAAACCCAACAAAGAAGUUGUGGUUGUCCUAGGCGAGUGGUGGAAAUCAGAUACAGAAGCUGUGAUAAACCAAGCACAAAAAUCAGGACAAGCCCCAAAUGUGUCGGAUGCUCACACGAUUAAUGGGAAUCCAGGGCCUAUGCCGAGUUGCUUAGCAAAUGGGGGGUUCAAGUUACCUGUGGAUGAAGGGAAGACAUAUAUGUUAAGAAUCAUCAAUGCUGCACUCAAUGAAGAGCUUUUCUUCAGGAUUGCAAAUCAUAAACUCACGGUCGUUGAGGUUGAUGCAGUGUAUGUCAAACCAUUUACAACGGACACCAUUCUUAUAGCACCGGGCCAGACAACAAACGCUCUGAUCACCGCUUCUCAAAAAGCUGGCAAGUACCUAAUGGCAGUCUCCCCUUUCAUGGAUGCACCAAUUGCUGUUGACAAUUUGACUGCCACAGCCUCUCUUCGUUACUCUGGUGUUCUUACUUCCACUGCCAUGAAACUUGUUGCUCCCCCACCUCAAAACGCGACUCCUGUGGCUAACGCUUUCAUGAACUCCCUUAGAAGCUUGAAUUCCAAAACAUAUCCGGCUAAUGUCCCAUUAACCGUUGACCAUUCUUUAUUUUUCACCAUCGGGUUGGGAAUCAACGCUUGCCCAACGUGUGUUAAUGGUAGUAGAGUGGUAGCAAGUAUUAAUAAUGUCACGUUUGUCAUGCCUACAACCGCGCUACUUCAAGCACAUUACUUCAACAUAAGUGGGGUGUUUACAGAUGAUUUUCCUAGUAAACCAUUGAUGCCUUUUAACUAUACAGGCUCACAACUAACAAGUUUUUCCACAAACACGGGUACAAAACUAUACCGCCUUGCAUAUAAUUCAACGGUCCAACUUGUUUUGCAAGACACUGGGAUCCUUACCCCAGAAAGUCACCCCAUUCAUUUACACGGAUUCAACUUCUUCGUCGUGGGAAGGGGUAUUGGAAACUUUAACCCAAAUAAGGAUCCGAAAAACUUUAAUCUUGUUGAUCCUGUUGAAAGAAAUACGGUUGGUGUCCCAACGGGUGGUUGGACUGCUAUUAGAUUCAAAGCCGAUAAUCCAGGUGUAUGGUUUAUGCAUUGUCAUCUUGAAGUACACACAACAUGGGGACUCAAAAUGGCAUUUGUUGUGGACAAUGGAAAGGGCCCAAAUGAAUCUGUUAUCCCACCUCCAAGUGAUCUCCCCAAGUGUUGAUCCCAUGUUAUUAUUGAUUAUAGAAUUAUGGAGUUCUUUUAAGUAGCCCCAUUUAAAAUGGGUUGCUUAGAAUUAAAUAAACCUAGCCAAAUUACUCUUGGUUUUGGAUUUGGAUCUAAACCCAUUUUUCCUGUUUCCCUUUCUAAAAGUAUAUGAGUUGUAAAAUGUGUCAAGGUAAUUAUUAUUGAUAAAUUUGUAAGUAUAUAGGUACUAAGAGGGUAUUUGA